AUGAUUCACAUUCCCAGCGGCAAAGGCCGUUUCGUUAUCCUCGCUCUGCUCGUAUUCGCCAUCUCUUCGUUCUUUCUCCUUGGACCCUACAAUGUACAUCCAGGCUACACGUCGCCAUUAGGGCAGGCAGAUCAACAGGAGAAAAGCCCCGCUGGUGGGGCUAUACUCACAGGUCAUGCGAUUGCGCCCAAGCUUAGUAACGCGACGGCAAAAGCUGAGCUUGGACGCGCGGCCUGGAAAGUCCUCCACACGACGUUUGGUCGCUUCCCCGAGAAGCCCACAGCAGAAGAACAGGAAGCCCUGCGGUCAUAUGUGCACCUGUUUCAGCGAUUGUACCCUUGCGGAGAUUGUGCUGAGCACUUUGGUCAAGUCCUUAGUAAAUAUCCUCCCCAGGUGUCGUCACGAUCGGCAGCAGCGAUGUGGGGCUGCUUUGUCCACAACAUCGUCAACAAGAGACUGAAGAAGCCCGAGUUCAACUGCGAGGAGAUCGGUGAUGCAUACGACUGCGGAUGCGGAGACGAGAAGCCGGAAGGAUCAGAUCACAAGGAAGCUGCAUGA